AUGGGUAAUAAGUUUCAAGCGGGGAUUUAUUUGCUUCCAAUUUGGUUGGACCUACUGAAGACGUAAACCGGCACUCAAUUAUGAAAGUCACGUGAACUUUCUACACGUUCAGUGUUAAUUAUAUUUGAGCUAUAUCCUGAAUUUUUGUAUAUCUCCAAUUGGAAAUGCUCAGUUAAAACUCGGAACUCUUCGGCGAUGAGUCGGCCAUAGCGAAGUUUUAACGUUUCGCGAACUAAUUGAGUGAGUUCUUAAUUAGUGUAAUUUCCGAAAUGAAACGGUCCUUCUUCGUGUUUCUAUUUUGGCUGUUUUCAGUUAACUUUGUGGAGGGAUUCCCAAAGUUUGGCGCUCGACAUCAGGACCCAGAUAAGAAGACCGGGAAUCAAUCAGCUUGGCAAACGACAGGAAUGGCGGAACUGUAUGAAAUGAACAUAUUCUACGACCCCAAGAGCCACUCUACGUUCCGAGUAACUUCAAUCGAGAAUAGCCUGAUAAAUCCGAUGGAAUUGAGUGACCAAUCACUCACCAAAUCCGGGAAAAUUCUUCGAAGAAUUGGAUACCGAGCCAACGGUUGUAGUUGUCAAGAGCUGACAUGCGGCUGCUGUCUUGGGAUUAACAUGGAUCAAUUCAAUUUCAAUAGGGAAGGAUGCAUGAACUUUACCUACUUACCAGAAGAUUUCGCCAUCCAUAUGAACAUGAUCAUGAACAACGAAUCAAUAUAUCAAAACUCAAUAUCAGCUAAGAAUCCACCACCAUUGUGUCUACCACUAGCCAUACCAGGAGUGCCAAUUUCCAUACCAAUUGAUUUUUGUGCCAGAGUCUAUGAUAUCUACACACAAGAUCAGAAUAUGCACAUGUGCUUCGACUUAGAGGCCCGUUUUUCUCAAGCGGACAUUUUGGUUCUUCAUUUCGACUGUAUGGUGAUUGGAGGCCAAGGAAUAGUGUCUUUAAGACCAGGAGAUCCAAUUCCCUCCACGACUACAAUGGGAGCUGUCUCAUCGACUACAAUGGGAGCUGUGGACGCUGACUAUGAUACCAUAUACGAGAAGAAAAUAGAAGUUUAAUUUGAUUAUUUAGUUGAAUUAAUAUUGCGCUGAUCUUCAUGGUACGCUCAUCCCUAGAAAUUCGAUGCAACCACUUGAUAGUAGACUUUUUUCCCUUCAUUGUUCCUGCGCAUCUUACUGCAGUUUUGAAAUAUUCAUUUCAAAAUUUAGUAAAAUUCUGAACCAUUUUUCAGACUUUUGACUGCAUUGUGUGAGGAAUAUCAAAUUUAGACAGGGAUGCUCUCUAUCAUAGCUAUGUACACUUCGAGUGGCAACUGAAGAUCUCUAUGUGUUUAAAUCGUUAACUUAUUUAUUAUUUAUUUAUUUUCUUUAUUUUAUUCUUCAGUGUAACUUUUUUGUAGUCCGAGGAGAAGACAGACAAACGGGUUGAGUGUAGUAUUUGCUUAUGUGAUAUGUAUACUUUUCCAGUGAAAAUAGUCGGUCAUUAUUAUUAUUUCUUUUAUUCGUUGUUGUUAGUGCUUUUUUUUCACUCAAUAAAGAUUAUUAUUAUUUU